AUGGCGGUGUUAGGACGAUUGACGUACCUGGCGGUCAUUGCUGUAUUACUGGACAUUGUAUGUGGUCAGACUGUCACUAGGACAUCAGCUGGACAAAGUGACUCAGCAUCGGGCGGCGAGCACUUCAUGGGUUUCCGUAUGUCAAACGAGGCCGCGGGGUCGGCGGGACUUCACAACCCUUUUAACACGAACCAAGCCACGGUGCAGCAGGGGAAAGCGUUCGGAGGCAUAUUUCGAGGAUCGUGCGAGUCUCCAAACAUCAUCUAUGCUCACGAAGACAUGCGCUCUCUUGUUCAGUGUUCCAAUGGUUACGCCUAUAAGAUGCCGUGCGCUCCAGGGACGGCCAUAGACCCAGCCAGCGUGACAGGAUCCGGCCCUAUUACGUGUGGCAUGAUCCUGGAAGGCAGCACCAGUGCCACGUCAAGAGUACUUGUUAACUCUGCUUUACUCAGUGCACCUGUACAACAAUUUUCAGCUGCAGUGAUACGAGAACGUCCAGGCCUUGUGUUACAGGGAGCCUCAGCGUCCGCUGGUACCGUCCUCUCGACAGCGGAUUCUGUUUCUAGAAGCUCCAACCUGGUUACCUCUUCAAGCAGGCGAGUCAUUCGUGUAAGGGGCGGUAGUGUCUCUGAGGGCGGGAACAAUAUUGCUAUCACCGGCGGGAAAAUUGUCCCCGAUACUGAUUCUAUAAUCACAAUCAGUGGUUCAGUGAGCGGCGUUCAGCCUGAUGGGACAGUGAUCGUUAAUCAGGGUCAAGGUCAGGGUCAACUGACCAUCCGUCGGGUCGGCGGCUCGCUGAGGGUCACACAAGAACGAGGGGGUACAUCGACAACCACUGACGGCCGGCAAGUCAUAAUUAAUGGAGGCCGAUUGUUCAGUGGAGGACGCGUCAUCACGCUUAACAGAACUCUGGUAGAAACGGCAGUGACUGGAGGUCAAGGUCAAAACGAGGAAGAAGUUGUCAUUGUCCCGGGGUCUGGAAGCGACGUCCAAAUGGUAGAGGGCAGUGUUGCUGUAGACGAGGUGCCUGUGCCUGGAGUUGCUUCCUCAUCCCUCAGAGGUGGCGCUGUACUUAAUGGAGAUUCGGGAACUGUCUCUUCUCGCACUUUCAGCUCUAGCUCCACUUCUGUUUCUAGCUCAAGUUCGAGCAGACGACAGAUUGUAAUAAGUGGAGGAAGAGUUAUCACUGGAAGGCUCAUGAUCAUAAACGGAGGGUUGAGAAUCAUACGGAUCUCUGGUGGCGGCGUUGGGAUCAACGUUUCACAAGGACGCUUUAUUGUACGAGGUCUUACGUCACCCACUCAGGAAUUUCUCCUAGAUGGCGCUCGGGUUGUUGGUGGGCGGGUGAUCACCAGUGAUGGGAGGCUGGUGGAAGUGCCUGGCUGCGGCUCCAGUGGGAUAACCAUUAACAGAGAAAUACAGACGUCUGCAGGGAGACAAAUCUAUCUCAGUUGCCGCCGAGUGAUUAACGGAGGAACCGUGACAUCGGGCGGAAGUCGACGAGAAAUCACAGUCAUUGUAAAUGGACAGCGCAUUUCUACUACUACUUCUGGUACUUCUGGCGGACGAUUGAUAAUCAAUGGCGGUUUCUCUACCAACAGAGAGUUUUUAGUAAACGGCGGUAGAGUGAGUGGGGGACAGAUAAUAGCCGGUGAUGGAAGGCAGGUGGUGGUGGAAGGGUGCGGCAGCGCAGGGGUGAUCACGCGCGAGGAGACAACAUCCUCUGGCAGACAAAUUUACAUCCGCUGUCGCCGUGUUGUAACUGGAGAAACAGUCACUGGGGGAACUCGUCUGGUUCUUAACCUUGGAUCUCUGACCUCGUCAACUUCCACUGGGUUGACAGAGAGAAUAAUCAGUGGCGCAAGAAUUAUCGGUGGACAAGUGCUGACGUCAGAUGGCAGGCAGGUGGUUGUGCAAGGCUGCGGAGCGAGCGGUGCGCUGACACGUGAAGUCGUGACGUCAUCAGGACGUCAGGUCUUCAUCUCGUGUCGCCGCGUGAUAUCGGGCCAGAUUGUGACAGGCAGUACAUCUGUGGAACGCAGAACGUCCAUCGACAUUAACGGAGUCCGAACUGUAGUGACUACCACGAGGACUACACUUCCUAAUGGUCAGACUAGAGUCCGUGAAGAGACCACCGUAGGAGGACAGUCAUCAACAGUUAUUAUUACAGUGUAUGGGGCAAAUGGAGAAGUCGUCGACAGGCGAGUAGAAGGUAGUCCAAUUGUUGUAACAACGCCCACUCCACCAGUUCGUAAUGUUUCAACGUCCGUCGAACGGAGAACGUCAACGGACAUUAAUGGCAUUGUAACUGUAGUAACUAUAACACGAACCGUUGACAGUACCGGUAGAUCCUAUGUUCGAGAUGAAACGGUAGUCGGAGGACAAAGAACUACAGUUAUAAUAACAAUUAUUGGAGCAAACGGCCAAGUGAUUGACAGGCGAGUAGAAGGUAGUCCCAUUGUUGUAACAACGCCCAUUCCACCAGUCCGUAAUGUUUCAACAUCCGUAGAACGAAGGACAUCAACGGACAUUAAUGGCAUUGUAACUGUAGUAACUACAACACGAACCGUUGACAGUACCGGUAGAUCCUAUGUUCGAGAAGAAACGGUAGUUGGAGGGCAAAGGACCACAGUUAUAAUAUCAAUUAUUGGAGCGAAUGGCCAAGUGAUUGACAGGCGAGUAGAAGGUAGUACCAUCGUUGUAACAACCCCUACUCCGCCAGUUCGUAAUGUUUCAACAUCCGUAGAACGAAGAACGUCAACUGACAUCAAUGGCAUUGUAACUGUCGUAACUACAACCAGAACUGUUGACAGUACCGGUCGAUCCUUCGUUCGAGAGGAAACUGUAGUCGGAGGACAAAGGACUACAGUUAUAAUAUCAAUUAUUGGAGCGAAUGGCCAAGUUAUUGACAGGCGAGUAGAAGGUAGUACCAUCGUGGUAACAACCCCCACUCCGCCAGUUCGUAAUGUUUCAACAUCCGUAGAACGAAGAACGUCAACUGACAUCAAUGGCAUUGUAACUGUAGUAACUACAACCAGAACCGUUGACAGUACCGGUAGAUCCUUCGUUCGAGAGGAAACUGUAGUCGGAGGACAAAGGACUACAGUUAUAAUAACAAUUAUUGGAGCAGAUGGCCAAGUGAUUGACAGGCGAGUGGAGGGUAGUGCCAUAGUCGUAACAACGCCCACUCCACUAGUCCGUAAUAUUUCAAUAUCGAUAGAGCGUAGGUCGUUGUUCGACAUCGAUGGAGUGUUAACUGUGGUGACUACAACCAGGACCCUGGACAGCGCAGGGAGAACUUACGUUCAGGAAGAGACCGUUGUAGGAGGCACAACUAGAAGAGUGGUCACCACCCUUCUUGGAGCAAAUGGUGAAGUUAUCGACAGACGCGUUGAAGGGAGUGGCAGCUCUACCANAGUCCGUAAUAUUUCAAUAUCGAUAGAGCGUAGGUCGUUGUUCGACAUCGAUGGAGUGUUAACUGUGGUGACUACAACCAGGACCCUGGACAGCGCAGGGAGAACUUACGUUCAGGAAGAGACCGUUGUAGGAGGCACAACUAGAAGAGUGGUCACCACCCUUCUUGGAGCAAAUGGUGAAGUUAUCGACAGACGCGUUGAAGGGAGUGGCAGCUCUACCACUGAGGCUGAACUCGUUCGUAAUAUCUCGAGAUCUAUAGAGCGAAGGACUUUACUGGAUAUCAAUGGAGUCCUGACGGUGGUUACUACGACCAGAACUCGAGACAGUGCGGGGAAGACAUAUGUUCGUGAAGUAACAUUGGUCGGGGGAAGACAGACCGGGGUUCGUCUCUCGGUAAUUGGCGCAAAUGGUCAAAUUCUCAGUAACAGGACAGAGGGGACAACCGUUUCAAUCAGUGGGCAAGGCACUGCGACAACGGGAACAACUUCCAGUAGAGAAAUAAUCAUAACCGGCGGAAGGAUAUCUGGAUCACAAGUGUUCACAAGCAAUGGAAGACGGGUUCUGAUUCGUGGAUGUACUUCAAGUGAGAUUUUGCCGCGAGAGGUGGUGACGUCAUCAGGGAGAGAAGUCAUCAUUGGUUGUCGCAAUGGUCAAACUCUGACAGCAACAAUUGCUGGGCAAACAGGUUCCUCCAGUUUGAUAAGCGGGCAGGUCGUUUCAGGGGGAACAUUAUCCGGGCAGACGAUAAGGGAGACACGGACAGUGACUCGGACGGAGAGGAUUGAGGGCGGUCGGCGAAUUGUAUCAACGGUGACAAGAGGUGCCGAAAACCAGGUGCUUGGUCGUAUGGAAGAGGAAAUCCCUCUGUCCAGCAGCAGUGGCGGACGUUGCCGUGUCAUAACGGAAUUCGUUCCAACACAGGAUCCCAACCUACCACCAGAGAUCUCGAGACGAAAUGAAAUCUGUGACUCGAACACAAGCGGUACCUCUGCAAAUGUCGCAAGCUCUACUGAUACCUCUAGUACUAUCUUGUCUAAUAUCAUCAACUCUCGCACCCUCUCGUCAAAUACCGCCAACCCCCAGGUCACAACCAGCCGCAGGGUAGAAGCAGGACCAGAUGGGACGCAAAGGGAGAUCACAACCACACGAGAAACGUUUCCAGAUGGCAGGUAUACGAUAACGGAAGAAUCUACCGUAGGGGAUCGUCGGGAAGUGUUGAUAACAAGAUACACCUCAGACGGAGUGGUCAUUGAUGUGGUAUCGCAGGUUUUCACUGGGAACUCGGCGAUCAGCAAUAUAUCGUUUGGCCCUGCGUAUCGUGCUGAAAGCCCCGCUCCAUCUGCUGGCGGAUAA